UCGCUCACUUUGAUUGACUUCGCUCGCUCUCUGCCGUCCUUUCAUUCUCUUGCGCGCGCGCUUCGCCUCCUCCUCCUCCCUGCUCAUCCGCUCCUCCUCCCCACCCCAUCCCUCUCACCCACCCGUCCUGACAGAGCAUCAUGGCGGGUAGGAUACGGGAAGUCUGGGCGGAGAAUCUCGAAGUCGAGAUGGGCUACCUCCGCGAAGCCAUUGAAAAGUAUCCCUAUGUGGCCAUGGAUACCGAAUUCCCAGGGAUCGUCGCUAGGCCCAUCGGUUCGUUCAAGGGCUCGUCCGACUACCACUACCAAACGCUGCGGUGUAACGUGGACCUGCUCAAGCUCAUCCAGCUCGGCAUCACCGUCUGUGAUGAACAGGGCAACUUACCGCCAGACAUUUGCACCUGGCAGUUCAACUUUCGCUUCAGCCUCAACAACGACAUGUGUGCACCAGAGUCCCUCGAUCUCCUCAACAAGGCCGGCCUGGACUUUGAUCAGCACGACAAGAUGGGCAUCGACGUCGAGCACUUUGGCGAGCUCCUCAUCACCUCGGGCCUUGCCAUAUUUGACGACAUCAAAUGGGUUUCGUUUCACAGCGGCUACGACUUUGGCUACCUGCUCAAGGUCGUCACCGCACAGCCACUGCCGGCGCAGGAGGCCGACUUCUUUGAGAAGCUGCGUGUCUGGUUCCCCUGCAUCUACGACAUCAAGUUCCUCAUGCGGUCCUGCAAGACGCUCAAAGGCGGUCUCCAGGACGUGGCCGAUGACCUCCAGGUCGCUCGGAUUGGCCAGCAGCACCAGGCAGGGAGCGACUCGCUGCUGACGGCCUUUACCUUUUUCAAGAUGCGGAAAAAGUACUUUGACGGCCAGAUUGACGAUUCAAAGUACCUCGGCUGUCUCUAUGGCUUUUCAGCUGCUGCGAACCGGCCGGUGGGCGUCGCCACCGCCGGCGCUGCUGCCACUGGCCCCGAUUCGAGCAAUACCAAUACUGCUACCGCGACACCGACAAAGGUGCCUGCGGGCAACCCAUUCACAAAGACACUCAUCGGCGCAGCAGGCGGUGGUGGCGGCUCCUAAUGGUGCACGCCUUCGCACGCUCUCGCAGAUUCACUCAUUUCAGACGUCACGCACGUCAAGCGCACGUCAAGCGCACGUCUGGAACCACUUCGGACUCACACGGAAUGGGCGUGAGCACCGCUAUUAGGAAAGGGGCCCUGGAUGGGACUUGGGAAGCUACUCUAGAGGUGAUUACAGCCACGGCACGAUGCUACAUUACACAAUGACUUCUUGUUUCUCCCUGUGCCUCGUUUCCCCUUCCCUCCCCUCUUCUUUGAUGUAAACAAGUUGCAGUCCUCUGUUUCCAUUUUCCCAUUUCCCAUGUACUAUUACAAGCCGGCUCCUUUACAUCCCCCAUCCAUCCAUCCAUCCAUCCAUUCAUCCAUCCAUCUGACAUGUGCAGCGUCUGGUCCGUCCGUCAGAGCGUAAUGCCCCCGUCAUCUUCGUCCAUCGGCUGUUGCUCUUGCUCUUGCGCUGCCGUCUCAUCAGCCGGACCGGCGGCUUCGGG